UUUUCUUAAACUUAUAUAUAUAUAGAGAGAGAGAGAGAGAGAGGAAUUAGUGAUUAGUGUAGAAGCCAUGGCUGCACCCUUGUUUGCUUGGCCAUGGCAGUUUCUUGGCAGCUACAAGGUGGGUAUUUAUGGGAUUUUUCUUGGCAAAGCAAUUCACGAGUACUGUGGAAUAUGGCAAUGGCAAUGGCAAGAAACCAAUUGGUGGCUCCACAUAUUCAUGGUCUGUGUGUUGAGACUGCUAAUCUACCAAUUAUGGACCUCGUAUGCCAACAUGCUUUUCCUCUCACGCAAUCGAAGAAUUCUCAAACAAGGAGUCGAUUUCAACCAGAUCGACUCUGAAUGGCACUGGGAUAACUUUAUCAUUCUUCAAGCCCUGGCGGGUGCCCUAAUCUUACAGAUGACUACGUUAAUGGAGGAGGACGAAACCCUAACCCUAAUUUCCCAAAUUGAGGAGGUUCCUGUACCUGUUACUGUUCCUGUACCUCUGUGGAACAAAUUCGGCUUCGCGGCGGCGGCGGCGAUCCAUGUCGCCAUUUCUGAGCCACUUUUUUACUUUACUCAUAAAUGCUUUCAUGGAAACUAUCUCUUCACCUGUUACCAUCAUCUUCACCACUCUUCACCUGUCCCACAACCCUACACAGCUGGACAUGGUUCUUUCUUGGAACAUCUGUUAAUGACCGUUGUAAUCGGAGCUCCGGUGGUCGGGACCUUUUUACUCGGCCAUGGAUCGAUAUUAUUGAUCUAUGGUUAUGUAUUGGCCUUCGAUUUCAUGAGAUGUUUAACCCAUUCUAACGUCGAAGUUGUCCCUCAUCGCCUAUUUGAUGCCGUCCCUUUCCUCAAAUACGUACUUUGUACGCCAACGUAUCACAAUUUGCAUCAUGCUGAAAUGGACACAAAUUACUGCCUUUUCAUGCCUAUUUUCGAUGCAUUAGGAAACACAAUGAACCAAAAAUCAUGGGACAUGCAUAGGAAGAACAGCCUUAAUUCAGACAACAACGGAGCGGCGCCGGAGUUUGUGUUUCUAGCGCAUAUUGUCGAUUUCUCGUCAUCAAUGCACGCGCCAUUUGUGUUCCGAUCAAUGGCCUCGUUGCCUUAUUGCACGAGAAUUUACCUGCUGCCAUUUCUGCCGCUAACCGUAAUGGCAAUGCUGGUCAUGUGGGCUAAGUCGAAGACAUUCUUGAUCUCGUUCUACAAUCUUCGCAACCGGCUGCAUCAAACUUGGGUGGUUCCCCGGUUCGGGUUUCAGUAUUUCUUGCCUUUUGCUGCGGAAGGCAUCAAUAAGCAAAUAGAAGAAGCCAUUCUUAGGGCUGAUAGAUUGGGAGUUAAGGUCAUUAGCCUUGCUGCUUUGAACAAGAAUGAGGCGUUGAAUGGAGGUGGGACACUAUUCGUGAACAAACACCCGAACCUCAGGGUUCGGGUGGUUCACGGGAACACAUUAACAGCCGCCGUUAUACUUAACGAGAUCCCUCGCGAUGUGAGUGAAGUAUUUUUGACAGGCGCGACAUCCAAACUUGGAAGAGCCAUUGCUCUCUAUCUUUGCAGAAAAGAUGUCCGCGUACUAAUGUUGACUCUAUCAAUGGAGAGAUUCCGAAAGAUUCAAAAAGAAGCACCAAGUGAAUGCCAAAAGAAUUUGAUACAAGUCACCAAGUAUCAAGCAGCCCAACACUGCAAGACAUGGAUAGUCGGAAAAUGGAUCACACCGACACAGCAAAGGUUUGCGCCGCCGGGAGCUCACUUCCACCAGUUUGUGGUGCCGCCGAUACUGCAUUUCCGAAGGGACUGCACGUACGGCAAUCUGGCGGCGAUGUGCCUGCCGGAGGACGUCCAAGGCCUCGGCUCAUGUGAAUACACGAUGGAGAGAGGAGUGGUGCACGCUUGCCACGCUGGAGGGGUGGUGCAUUCGCUGGAAGGGUGGGCCCACCACGAAGUGGGACCCAUAGAUGUAGAAAGAAUCGACCUCGUGUGGGAAGCUGCAAUCAAGCAUGGAUUGAAGCCUGCAACGAUGACUACCUCAAAUCAUAGAUUCAUACAUAACUAAUUAAUUGUAAUUAAUUAAUUAAGGGUGUGUUUGUUUGGAGGUUUGGAUUUUGAGUUGGGAUUUGAAUAGUAAAAAUUUUGAAUUUGAAUAGUUGUAUGAUGUGAUAUAAAUAGGUGUUGAUGUGA